AAAAAUUUCAAAGUGUUCGGUUCGGGACACGAGUAUUCUCACGGAUAAUAAAAAGCAAAUAGGAUCCCCAUUAAAUAUGACUCUUAAAUACUUAUUGAUUGCAUCUGCCGUGCUAAUUGCUUUGUGUGGUGCUGAUGUGUCGGAAAUUAAGGCGGCCAAAGUGGAUCUGCCCUUCAAUGACUUACUGCCACCUUUGCUGGAUGAAUCGACUACCACCACGACGACAACAACAACAACUGUGAGGCCCACCACAACGCUGGCCACAAAACCUACCAAGAAACCGUACUACCAGAAGCCAGCUCUACUGGCCAAGGAGGACAAACCGAAGUCUAUCGCCGGCAAACCGGAAGUGCAGCAACUGCAUCUGGAUCUGCUGCCGCCAUUCGAGGAUGAGGUCAAGCCAGCGGAGGAACAGCCUCAGACCGUGGUGAAAACAACGCCAAAACCCGUGGUAAAGGUCCCGCAGCCACCAGUGGUUAGGGUCACUUCUCCGGCUGUGCCCAAGGUCACUGCUCCCCGCCCACAGAACUCGGUUCAAGCAGCUUCCGCUCCCCGCCCACAGUACUCCGUUCAGCCUGCCCCCCAAGUCGUGCUCCCCACCCAUGCCCCUGCUCUGGGAAGCGGGUUCCAGUCCAGGUUCUCCAACUACUUCCUCACCAGCACCGUUCGACCCAGACGCGGUCCUUUGCCCACGAUCACUCCCUUCCCGCGCUUCGUGAGGCUGUAGGAAUCCAUUUAAUUAAAUUAGAUAAGCACCCAUUCAAAGGCCAAGUCGAAGCGUCCAAUAAAUAAGAUACGACACACACUGAGAUAA